AUGGACUCCACCGAUGAGUUUCAUUGGCUUCUGGAUGUUAUCGAUCAUCUCCAGAGUCCAGUUGUCUUCGCUCACAAUGACUUUAAUAGAAGAAAUACAUUGAUAUGCGAGUCAAAGGAUAAUAAUAACAAUGAUUUGAAUGUCUAUCUCAUUGACUUUGAUUGGAGCUCUUACGGCAAACGGGGUGUUGAUUUUGGUCAGUAUUUUAACUGUUGGGGACAGGAAGCCACCGAUUUCGGCACCGGACCGUUUCCCAGUGACCAACAAAUGCUGCCAUUUAUUGACGUAUAUAUCGUGGAAAUGUCGAAAUUGGUUGGCGAUGACUACCCGAAACUAGCCGUCAAUUCACGGGAACGACUGCUAAAAGAGGCCAAAUUAAUUAUUGAUGAUUACUUUAGCAAAGUUUAUCAACUAUUAAAAAUACAUUUAGAUGGCCAGUGGACACAAAUUACCAAAAAUGAUGUCAUUAUACAACCAAUUAACGAUGGCUUCACAAAUAGUUUAUAUGUUUGUGAGUUGUUAUUACCAGAAUUAGAGGACAAGACAUAUCGUAAAGUAAUUGUUCGAUAUGUAGACUACGAGUCCGUAGAGCACCUGUAUGUCAAAGAACAUGUAUUGGCUAUAAAUCUCAUAUUAUCUCAACUAGAAAUAGCACCAAAAUUAUUAUGUGUUUUCAAAAACGGUACAAUCAGUGAAUAUAUUGAAAAUCGCUAUUUCAAUGCCAGUGAUUACCAUAACAAGACUUUGGUGUCAUUAUUAGCCCGAAAGUUGGCACGACUUCACUCGUUGUGUAUACCGGUGCCCAAAGACGGAACUUCUAAGUCAAGAGAAAACAUAUUUGUCAAAUGGUUUGACACAGAAAUGCGACACAAUAUUAGUUGCGACGGAUUUAUUGGCAAAUAUUUACACGAAAACAGUAAUAGAUAUCCAAUAUUUUCGACACUUAGUCUCGCAGAGGAAACUGAUUGGUAUCUUAAGACAGUGGAUGCGCUCAACUGUCCCAUUGUUUUUUCGCACAAUGAUCUCAAUCGACGAAAUAUAUUGAUUAGUGAAUCAAAUAAUAAUAAUAAUAAUAAUAACGAAAAUUUUGAAGACAUAGAGAUCUAUUUGAUAGACUUUGAUUGGUGUGUCUAUGACUAUAGGGGUACAGAUUUUGGACAGUAUUUUAGUCGCUGGGCUCAAGAGGAGACCGAUUUUGGUGUCGGUGUAUUCCCGACUAAUGAACAAAUGAUACCAUUUAUUGACUCCUAUAUCGGCCAAAUGUCGCAACUGGUUGGCGACAAAUAUCAGAAACAAGCGAUCAAUUCACGGGAACAGCUCAUUAAGGAGUCAAAAGUUUUCACAUUAAUGGCGUUUAUUAAAGAUAUUUUAUACUGUAUUUGGGUCACCAAUGAAGAUAAUAUAAAGCAAAUGAUGGAUAAGGCAGAGAUAAAAUUUCGUGCAUUUUAUGAACUCAAAAAUAGCAUAAUAAAUGAGUAUAAAGUUUAUUAA